ACCGAAGUCAUUGAGAUCCUCCAUUUCACGUAUCUCCUAACUCCUAAGCAAACCAACAAAGCUUGCUCAGCUUCUUCUUCUUCCUCCUAAACCAACUACCAAAAAUGUCAGAAUCAUUCAACCGGAGAAAAGUCACAUCAUCGGACAUAAGCCUAGGCCGGAGCUCAAGGACCACUAGACGUAAGGUGAAGCACCAAGUCUCCGACUCCCGUCGUAAUCCCAGUAAGAUUCGUUCAAAGUCUAAUAAAAUCCUCAGCCGAAGUUUCUCGGAGCCGAAUCUCCACCAAAGCAUCGCUGUUGAAGAUGAUGCUGAUCGACUUUGCUCUACGCCGGUGGUAGAUCUCCCGGAGGAAAUCGUUUACCUCUCUAAGAUCCGUUCGGAGGUUUUCGCUUCAGCUCCGUCGUUAUCUGGCUUCUCCUCACCGUCUUCUUCUCCGAUUAACCAACAGGUUUACAAGAGGGAAGCAGAAAAGGUUGUGAUCAAUGUAUCAGUAGAAGGAAGUCCAGGACCUAUAAGGAUUUUGGUUAAGCUAAGCUGCAGCGUGGAAGAAACGAUCAAGAUGGUUGUGGACAAGUAUCGAAAAGAAGGACGAACGCCAAAACUCGAUAAAGAUCUUGCCUUUGAACUGCAUCAGUCGCACUUUAGUAUCCAAUGUUUGGAAAAAACCGAAAUAAUUGGUGAAAUAGGUAGUAGAAGCUUCUACAUGAGGAAGAAGGAACCUGAAAACAUGAUUCUCGUGAUAAAGAAUCUUCCAUCAUCGAACUUGAUCCAAUCUUUUGUCGCACAAAAGAUUGGGAGAAUUGUGAGGAGGACAAGGAAGAUAUGGAACAUCUUGGUAUGUGCUCAGUGAACAACAAAACCGGUUUUAAACAGUAACAAAGUAUUGUUCUAGUUAUGCUUUGCACUUUGGAGCUACACAUAAUAUUUACUUGUGUUGCCUCAAAUUUUAAAUUUUAUAAAAUAGAAUUAAGUUAUUUGUAAAGGUUAUGACUUGCAACAUAUAAACCAUAUGUAUUUUUAUAUUUGCAAAUAUAGAUGUAGAUGUACUAUAA